AUGGCAGACAUUGAAGAUGGACCACAUUCGAGGGGAGAUCUGACAGAUGCAAAAUCUAUUCCUGGUUCCAAAGGGAAGAACCUACCUGCUAGCAAGUCUAUGGACUCUGGAAUUCUACCGGACUACAGUUACAAAAUGGAUUAUCCAGAAAUGGGGGAAUGUGUAAUAAUAAACAAUAAGAACUUCCACAGACAGACUGGGAUGUUACCCCGUUCAGGUACAGAUGCCGAUGCUGCAAGUGUCAGAGAAGUUUUUAUGAAGUUGGGGUAUAAAAUAAAGAUCAGCCAUGAUCUUUCAUGUGGGGACAUUUUUAAACUAUUGAAAAAUGUGUCUGAAGAAGAUCACAGCAAGCAAAGCAGUUUUGUCUGCGUGUUGCUAAGCCAUGGUGAUGAAGGAUUCAUCUAUGGUACUGAUGGCCCUCUGGAACUGAAAGCACUAACAAGCCUUUUCAGAGGUGACAGGUGCAGAAGUUUAGCAGGAAAACCCAAGCUCUUUUUCAUUCAGGCUUGUAGAGGGACAGAAUUAGAUUCCGGUAUUGAGGCGGACAGUGGAUCAGAAGAAACAAUGUGUCAGAAAAUACCUGUAGAAGCAGACUUCCUUUAUGCAUAUUCCACAGCUCCAGGCUAUUACUCCUGGAGGAAUUCAGCUGAAGGCUCCUGGUUUAUUCAGUCACUGUGUAAAAUGCUAAAGGAACAUGCAAGGAAACUUGAACUGAUGCAGAUUUUAACUCGUGUAAAUCGCAGAGUGGCAGAGUACGAGUCCUGCUCAACUCGGCAGGAUUUUAAUGCAAAGAAACAAAUUCCAUGCAUUGUCUCUAUGCUCACCAAAGAAUUUUACUUCCCUUGCUAAAAGAAAUUCACCUCGUAAUUUUUCAGUUCAUGUUUUUAUCUGUAAGUUAUAUGCAAUGUUAAUCUGGAAUACCACUUUUAAAUCUGAAUUACUGUUCACUACUGUGUGUGGCAUAAUGAACUGUCUCAGAUAUGUCCAUUAUUAGAAGUAAAUCAUAGUAUGGCUAUGUUAGAAAUGCAAACUUGAGUAGCUGAAGCACAGGCAAAUUUGAAAGUAGUGCUCUGAGUAUCUUGAAAAAUUAGGAAGAGGAGACUGAAGAAAGAUCAGAUCACUUACCAGAUCUAUUUGGUGCUACAUUUCACUUUGCUGAAGAGGCAGAGAAAAGAAAUAGUUCUUGUAAAUA